AUGUACGGUCUACUUCUUGAGGGGUUACGUCACUAUUUCACGUCACACCAUUCUGUGGCCCUAUGGAACACGGUUUUAUCAAAAGCUGGCUGUGAUAUUAAACAAUUUGAGAUCAAACGCGUCUAUGAUGAAGAUCUGUUGCCCAGACUGUUUCAUACAGCAAGCAAGGUGCUACAAAUUCCAGAGGACAAAAUCAAGAUGGAUAUGGGUCGAUUGUUUGUCGAUUUUGUGAGCAGUAAAGGUUAUCACAAUCUGCUCUCGGUACUUGGACGUAGUCUGAGGGACUUUUUGAACGGUCUGGACAAUUUGCACGAGUUUCUACGCUCCUCGUAUCCACACAUUAUGCCCCCGUCAUUUUUCUGUGUGAAUGAAAGCCGUACAGGCAUCACAUUAGAAUACCGUUCCAGAAGGGAGGGGUUUGUGCCGUUUUUCAUCGGAUGGAUGGAGGAGUUGGCAGAAAAGAUCUACGAUACACAAGUCAGGAUUACGAUUGUGGGUGAAGUUGAACAUGGCAUGACAAACGGGACAAUUCUGCGACUUCACUUCGACAAUCAAGCCUAUCAGUCCGAAACAGGAUCUCGGCUGCUCCCCACCAGCGUGUUCUUUGAAGCGUUUCCUUUUAGCCUAGUGUUCAACCGAGGCCUGAUCAUUAUCAAUGCCGGUCAGAGUCUGCAACGCGCGUUCCCCACAAUCCUGGGCAAACGAGUAGAUGCAGUGUUCAAGCUUGCAAGACCACUGAUCAAUUUAGACUGGGAAGGCGUGAUGCUCCAUACUAAUUCAAUAUUUGAACUGGUCAGCCUAAAAAGCAAGAAGAGUGGUAAAGAAACAGACGAUGGAGAUCCGGAAUUCGCGGAUCAGAAUGUAUUUAGACUGCGCGGGCAGAUGAAAUUUCUUGAAGAAUGGGACGCUCUGGCUCUUCUGGCAACUCCAAUCUUACGUGAUGUUGAAGACCUCUUCGAUUUGGGUCUUUGUUUAAAUGAGCUGAGCAUGCACGAUUCAAGUCGUGAUAUGGUUCUCGCGGGGGAACAACAAGCGGCUGAGUUGAAACUGGCUUUGGAGCAAUUUGUCCGUCUCCCGUUGGUUUAUAAACAGGAAAGUGAGAAAAGCAAGCGACUGGAGGAGAACCUGAGAAAGUUGGACGAGGAGGUGAAGCGUACGGACGAAUUGCUUUAUCAAAUGAUUCCACGUGCCGUGGCCAAACGUCUUCGAUCAGGAGUUGCUGCAGUGGACACUUGUGAGACGUUUGAAGAUGUUACCUUGUUGUUGAGCGACGUAGUUGGAUUUACAACUAUUUGCGGAGGUUUGACCCCACUGGAAGUGGUACAGUUACUGAACAACCUCUAUGGAUGUUUUGACGGAUUGGCUGAGAAGCACAAAGUCUACAAGGUUGAGACAGUUGGAGAUGCCUACUUGAUCGCCUCCGGGUGUCCUGUACGAACACAGUUACACGCACCCAUUAUGGCCGAGAUGGGUAUCGAUAUGAUUCAGUCGGCCAAUUCCAUCAAGGAUGAAUCAAAGGACCCACCAGAGGGUAUUAAAAUUCGAGUAGGUCUUCAUAGUGGAACUGCAGUUGCGGGAGUAGUUGGUGUGAAAAUGCCUCGGUACUGUCUCUUCGGAAGUAGUGUGGCCACGGUGGAACUAAUGGAACAAACGAGUUCGCCCCUCCGCGCUCAGAUCUCGGAAGCUACUCGCAAUAAACUAAUUGAGUACAACGUGUACGAUAUAGAGCCCAAAGGAUCUGUGAAAACGAAAGAUGGAACCACCAUCGAAACCUACUGGCUAAACGGAAAAUUGGAAGGGGUGGACUCCACAGAACUCACUAAAUUGAUGGAGAGCGAAAGAGAACGACUGGCCGACUCCAAUCUUUCUUCAAAUCAAACUAAAGUUGGUGAAGGCUGGGAAUCACUCAGUGCCAGUCGGUGCAGUUCGUCGCGUCCGUACAUGGCUAUUGCUUCAGCUAGGAAUUCGGAAUCGAGGAGGUCAGGCCAGUCUAGCUUGUCGGUCGUCAAGGAUCUCUCAACUAAUGACAUGCAGUCUAGGCGCUAG